AAAAAUUAAACUUUUAAAUAACACAAAUAUCUCUUUAAAAAAUUUUACCAAACCAAGCUUUCGACUCGCUCUUCUCCCAUAGUCGCCUCCAGCAGAUUCCGUCUCGCCAUCGUCGCUGCGCCUCGAAGUUCCAAGUCAUAAAAUUUUAUCAUGGAUCCAAAACCAGAAAAGACUUUUGAUGGUUGGAUUAAUAUGGAGGAACUUAUGAAGCUCCCCGUUAUCAAUAAUUCACUAUAUGACAAAGAUGCCCCCCUUUACUCGCGUAGGCUGAAAGCUCCUACUAAUUUACGUGUGCCAACGGAAGCCGAGAUUCAAUUAGAGUUAAAACAGACGCAUCCUUAUCAUGUAUUAGCAAUGGAUCAUUACAACAAAAGCAUAGAUAAUGAGGAAGAGGAGUAUAAGAUUUCAAGUUUGGUUAGUAUGGGUAAAACCAGAACAAUGUGCUUUGGUAUGCACCUUGGUUUUCUUCGUCACCUCUUUUGGGAGACGGUGCCUAAAAACACUCCGUCAGUUGAGCCCAAAGUUUUCUAUGCCCGGGUUCAUGAAAUGUUUCAGAAGGGAGGCAUUCAUGUACCUUUUUGUGGCUUUUAUAAUGAUUCUGUUGAUGACUCAGAGAGCUGUGAGAUUUGUGGUCUGAAGAAUUCUGAUGAAUUCUGGAAGAAAGAAAAAGAAUUAAAGGACAAAGAAGCAGAGAGAGUAAAGGCUAUUCAUAAUGAUGGAUAUCUUCUUCAUCCAAUUCAUUUUAGUGGCAUGUAUCAAUCUCCCCAUGGAGACAACCAAAGGAUGAAUUAGGACAAUGAAUUGGAUGUACAGGGGGAGAUACUCAGGAUGCCUAGUCCCUAGAAAAGUCUGAAAGAUAUAUUAGGAUAAUGACUUUGGAGAAUACUUAAUGUGAUGUUUUUCUUUCAAGUUUAGGAAUCAUAUGUUUGGUGGUAACAAUCUGAAAAAUACUUUGUAUUAAGUAUUUUAUGCAGGAUUAUGCUUGUGUUGGUUGUUUGAAAUUGUGAGGCUUUGGAUUUUGGUGAUGGCUUCUCUGGUUUCUGGUCUUUUUUUCCUA